UGUUAGUCUACAAAAAGGAACAGACUUAAACAGGCUUUAAAUCUGUGCAGGUCAAUGGAUAAACCAUGAAGUUUGGAGAUUCAGUGAAGACUUUAAUUUCUUGCACAUUUCUUGUGCUGACCAUUAUUGUCGUUGAAGUAAACGCAUCUGGACUGUGCAUCACAGACGAUGACUGUACUGCAAAGAACACAUUCUGCGAUGAGGGUGGUGUGUGUAUGUGUACUGCUGGUCAUUCACAUUUAAACGGAUACUGCUCACCAGUUUUCGGACGAUCUUGUCUUGAUGACCUUAACUGUGAUGACGGACGAACAUUUUGCAAAGACUCCAAAUGUGUGUGCAACACGUACGAAUGGAAGGAAGAAAACGGCAUCUGCGCAUCUUAUUACGGCUCAUUUUGUUCCGACUGGUCUGAUUGUGGCCUUUCAUACAACUAUGUGUGUGAAGAUAACACGUGCAAAUGUGGAACAGGUUACAAGCUAAAAAGUGGCUUUUGUGAAAAAGUUAUAAACAGUCAAUGUAGAAUGGAUUACAGUACAGAGGACUGCCCACUUGAUCAUGCUGUUUGUAAAAUUCCUUACUGGAAUCAGAAUGAAAUUUAUGGAAAAUGUAAAUGCGAAAGUGGAUUCGAUGAAAAUAAUGGUAUAUGCAUACAAGUUUUAGGAUCCAGCUGUGCAAAUGUAGGCUGUGGCAACACGCUUCACUAUUCCUACAAACAUUUAGAUCCCUCCUUUAAAAGGCCCGAUUAUAACUACUUUUACUGGUCCAGUACAGAUUAUUGGUUCGACUGGUCCUACUAUUAUCACUUACAUCUAUCAUGUAACAUCGACAAUACAUGUGUGUGUGACCAUGGUUUCAAGACAGAUGCUUCUGGAAUAUUCUGCGAACCAGUAUACGGAACUCCAUGUGAAGGUGCAGAUAGUUGCGGUACCUACCAUGGAUACACCUGUGAUUCCAUCUCGAAGCAAUGUGUUUGCGCCGAAAACUACAUUUCUUACAACCAAGAGUGGAGAUAUGUGGACGAUGCUGAAACAAACGAUAAUCUAUACUACUAUGAUAAUCAUGCAUCAACAAUCGUUCAAUUGUGCAAACCUGAGCUCGGACAGUCUUGUUCCAUUGUCAGCUGUGCUUUUGAACAUGCUGACUGUGACGAAAACGACACCUGUUCCUGUGACGAAGGAUAUACAGAGAGUAUUGAUGGCACCUGUCAACAAGUGCUUGGAAUGUCCUGUAUACGUGAAACGUUUUGUCAGAUAGUUCCAGGUGGGUUUUGUGCAGACGAUAACACGUGUAAAUGCAAAGAGGGCUAUUCUCAGGCCGGUCAUCUAUGUCAGUUAGUUUUAGACACUGACUGCACUGCAAACGUUGACUGUCAAUUAGAACAUACAGUCUGUAAUGAAGGAAUGUGCGAAUGCAAAUCUUCAGUUGAUAAAAAUGGCGGACGAUGUUACGGACAAGCUUGCUCUGAUGUUCCUUCAUUACCCGAUAUUCGCAGACGGUCAGUAUCGUAUAUACCUGUUGAAGGAGAACCGAUUAUUGAUGACAGUUGGCUUAAAGAGGGAUGGUACACUAUUGGCAGGCAUUCAAUUCACUGGAGUACAGAAUCUCCUCCGGAAUCGGGAAAUUGCACUACGUUCUAUCCCGUAUAUUUGACAGACCCAAUUUCAACAAGUCAGCAAGAUGCAUUGGCUGCAGGUGAAGACAUAAUAGUAACAGCUAAAGUCGGAAACAUGGACCUAUAUGGACAUAGUGAACAAGUAAAUUUGACAUUGCGGCAAUGCGGACAGGAUACCCAUGUCUACGUAACUCCGCCUUCGACACAUUUUUCAGGGAUUUGUCUAGAUAAUGAAGAUAUCCCUGAUAUUACACGGUCAACGGGCAUUAAGGCCACAGUUCUGACAGACCUACUUUUUACUAACCAAACAGUAGAUAACGUAACAAAACACACGCCUUAUAUCGUGUUUUCCUGUGUCGCCUCUGAGUUUGUUAUAACUUCUACAUAUGAAAGAUACCCAUAUGAGGGAUACGUAACGGAUGAUGACGUAUUCUUCUAUUACGUUCACUGGUAUAUUGACAGUGUACACUUCAGAACCAUAGGACCCUUAAGAAGAUAUUCAUUUAUAAAUGGGUCAUCAAUCUUUGAAAUGGACAUCAUAGAGGCUGGAUAUAAAUUAGGAUUUGGGAUACGUUGCACAUUUGAAAUAUCAGAAAACCCGAACGGCCAAAACUCGCUCCUAGCAAUAAGUGAAGAAAUCUUCACAGGAUUUCAACCGCAUCACAUAUAUAUUAAUGAAAGUACUGACAACUACUUCUUUCAUCUGAUAUCGAGCUCACCACUUGGUUGUGAAACAACUGAAGAAAACGGCGACGGAACCUGCGAUUUGUUCUGGCCGGUACUUAUGGAAGACGAUGGUGUAUGGUGUAAUCAGCCUGUCUCAGAAAAUGAGCACCAUGAACUUUGCAGAGUUUUUGUUCGUGGCUGUUCGUAUGGAAAAUAUAUGAAUAACUGGGGUUCCUGGUGGUCUUUAUCGCAAUGGGAAAACAACUAUAACCAUCACUAUGAUUAUAACCAUACAGUAACUGAUGAUGUGGAUUGGUAUUUCAGCAAUAACACUUCAGAACUUUUGGGAGUGUAUAUAGAUAUACAGGGUACAGCAAAAACUGGUUCGAUGAAAAUCAAGUUCGGUCCAACAGAAACAACAACUGGUCAUAUGAUAUGGAACAAUUAUAAAAUGCCAGACAUAAAUCUACAUAUAGAAAGAAGUCCGACUGUGAAAGAGGCAUGCAAGAUAUCAAUAGUCAAUAUUCCUGUCCUGACCAAAGAAACAGACUGGACAUUUGCUUUCAGCACUGAAAACGUUGAAAUUGACCAGGUUGGGGAAUUUAUCAUGUACCGCAGCACCAAGAUACCUGUUUAUGUCCAAAUACAGACGGAAGCAUGCAGCUGGACUACAAAUGGUGUGUGUUUAUGUGCAGUUAAUUACAGAGACGGGGACAAUACAUAUAUAUAUAGCUAUUGCAAUGGAUUGAUGAGAAUUGGUCAAACAAACGGAGAAUUGACAAAUCGCCGGAUAGAUCAUGUAACGCUGAUUAAUGAUAUUGCCUUGGAUAUAGAGACAUGGAAUAAUAGGAUUGUUAAUGUCAGCCUAAAUACUAACCACAGUGGCUCCACGUUAGAGGAUGGGGAGGGACUCUGUAUGUUCUCACCUGGCUCGUACAAACAUAGAAGUGGAACUGAAGAGACAGAUAGUGACGGAUUCUUAUCAAGCUGGCGAUUACUCAUAAAUGAGAGUUUGCUUAAUCCACUCAAUCACAAGGCUGUGUCUUGGCUAGAUGAAUAUACACAAUGUGGUUGCCCAGACAAUACUGAAAUUUUGCAAGAAAGGGAGGAGACGUACUAUUACAAUGAUACAUACAGUUAUAAUUAUACUUCCUACUUGUAUACAAAUGAAUGGUAUAGCAGCCAUUACAAUGUUCACUGGGGAUUCAUACGAUGUUUUGCGGAGAGCAUCUGCAAGGUUAACCACUCUGGAGGCGGUGAAUGGUCUGGGUCACUGCUUCCGGUUUUUUCUGUUACAAGUGUAAAAGCCCGCAUGGAAAUCAGAUAUGAUCGGAAAUGGCCCCUUCUCCAUUUGUUUUGUGAUUUUGAAGGUCGGGAUGGAUACCAGUACGGUAUAACAUGGAAGGCUGAUGACGACGUUGUGUACACAUCACCUCUGCAAGACUAUUCUUCUGUGGAAAAUUUUAACAUAACUAACGAUGAUUUACACACUGACAAAUUUUUAUUAGAAGUGAAGUUUUCAUGUGGUGUCAGCAUUCACGAUGUAUCUGGUGCAGAACUUAUUAGUUCGCAAUACAGUGAUGCAAUCUCUGCUGUGGAGUUUGUGACGACCGAAUUGCUUAUGCCUAGAGGUGGUGAUGUAUUGAUACAGAUCAGGUUAAACAUUCCGCUUGUUUGCACAAAAGGGCAUCCUUGUUCCUUUGACUUCAAAUUAUUUGGCACAGGUAACGACUGUUCCCAUUCAUCUAUUGCAAUUAAAGGCCGACAAACAUGCGGACAACGAAUAAUUGGUACAUCCACUGAAGAUGAGCUUGUAAACGAGGCACGCAUCAUCAAUAUCACAGUAACCACAACAAAUAACGCAAAGUAUUCGUUAAAAGAUACAUUCUAUCUUAAGGUGAAAUUGGCUGCAUAUGGAGAUACCAGUCCAUUUUGGUUACACACUUUUAGCCAGGUUUUAACGGUAUUUGUUCGAGAUGAUGAAAACUACUGGCAAAGAAAUUACUGUUAUGCAAACAAUGAUCCGAGAAUGCGGACGUUUGAUGGACAGUACUAUAAUCAUAUGCUGACUGGAUUGUUUGCAUUAAUGAGGCAUAAGCUGUUGCCGGUUGAGGUUCAGCUUGAGACUCGUCAGUGUGGAGGCUGGCGUGUUGCGUGUGCAUGUGGAGUUACCAUACGUGCUGGACGGGAUGUAUUUACUAUUAACCAUUGCCAUGGUGACCACGUAACAGGUUAUUUGCUGGCUGACGAUCGUAUCUUGAGAGUAAUGAAAAGAACUGCACAUCGAUAUCAAAUAUACCUACCACACGGCACCAUGGUAGAUGUGCGUAUCUCCUCUUGGAAUGGUUUCAUGGUCAAUGUUUUCAUUUAUCCCUCUCCGGCUGAUAUGAAACAUGUAGAAGGUCUUUGUGGUAAUUUUAAUGGUGACUGGGGAGAUGACUUGAUACACAGCGAUGGAAAUGUCACUAGUUCAAGUCGGUAUUACUGGUGGCGGUAUGACCCUGACCCUGAAGAUUUUGUUCAGUCCUGGGGACUCGCCUUUACUAAUGACCUAGACUUGACUGAUGUUGAUGAGAUUGAUGCAACCUUACACAGUUGGUAUGAGAAUGAUGUUUUCUGUGUUUGUACCGGAACUGAUGGCGAUGGAGAAAUAAAGUGCUCUGCAAACGAGCAGGACACAUGUAUGACAAAGCCCGAUAAACCAGGAGUAGAUCUCUAAAUAACUGUGCGAAAUAAGAGAUCUGUUGUCAGCCCGAUACACGAAAACAAACACAGACUAACAAAAAUGCGUGAAAAACGUGCUGUAGUUUCCAAGACGGGCAUGAUCUUUAAGAGAAUCGUCAAACGGAAUGCAAUUAGCAUUGAAGAUGCGAUUGCCCGCUGCAACACAACAUUAUCCAGUGACUGCGUUGUCAUCACAGCUUCAAGUGACGGUGUUAAUGUAACAUUAGAAGAACUGAUUAU